AUGGCAAGACUCGCGUUGCCGUUGCCACUGUUGCUGCUGGCGGCAACAGUCUCCGGCACCAAGAUCCAGGUGGUCAACCUCUGCGAGGGCAGCAUGGAGCUCUACGCCGGCAGUCACGGCGCCGGGACCCCCAUCCAGCAGGGCGCCGGUCUCAGCCUAGAGCUCGCAGACGGCACCAACGUUGCCUACAGAUACGGUGCUGCGUAUCAGGCCACACAGGCCGAACUUGCCAACGUCGACGCGAGCACUUGGUACGACAUUUCCAUCAUCCCGGCAGGAAACACCGGUCCAGGAUCAUGCUCCAGCCUGGCAGACUGCAAGGCUGUGACUGGAGGCACCGGAUUCAACGUCGCCAUGCAGAUUAUCCCCAGUACCGGAGGAGGUAUCAGCUCCUCUGAGUCUUGCAGAGUUUUGAGCUGUAUGGCGGACGGCUGCGACGACGCGUACCAGUUUCCCGACCAGGACGCGCGGACUCACAGUUGCAGCGCCGACGUCGAGUUCCAAGUGGUUUUCUGCCCCAGCAACAGCUCGCAGGUGACGUCCGAUUCUGCUGCAGACUAUUGGGUCGACGUGAGCAGCUCUGAUGCGUCCGGGAGCACUUCCAGCAGCUCUUCUGGGGGCAGCACCAAUGUAUUGGACCAGUCAACUGAUGACACAGAUCAGGUCGAGCCCCAGUCGGAGUCGACUCCAGCCCCUUCAAGCAACAACGACAAGACCACGGCCAAUACGGGAUCAGAGGACUCGUCGAGCUCUUCGACGGCAAUUUAUGUGUCCGCGGGGGUCGCUGCAGGUGUCGUGGCAGUCGUGGCGGCCGCUUUUGUGUUUAAACGGAGACACGCCAUCGCCUUCUGGUGGGAGACUCGGAACUACAAACCGGAGGAGCUGAGGAGCUCGGAUGAAAUGGGAUUCGUGCGAGUGUCCGACUCGGCAAUCAUUUAG